AUGUCUCGAGCAAUUCUAGUAACUGGUGCCACAGGCAAGCAAGGCGGCGCUGUGAUCAACACGUUGAUCAGGAACAAUGCAGGCUUUAGGAUCCUCGCCCUAACCAGGGACGUAAAUUCGCGGUCCGCUCGGAGACUAGCGGCCAAGUCUCCACAUGUCAAGCUGGUUCAGGGCAACCUAUCAGAUCCGGAGGGGAUCUUUGCCGCAGCCAAAGCGGCGACGACAGCACCCAUCUGGGGCGUGUUUUCUGUGCAGGUGGCCAUUGGCUUUGCACAAGGAGACGCCGAAUUCACCCAGGGUAGGGAUAUGAUCGAUGCAUCCGUGAAAGCCGGCGUUCAGCACUUCAUCUAUUCCUCCGUCGACCGCCAUGGCAGCGCAUCCAUCGACAACCCGACCAACAUUCCCCAUUUUAUCCACAAGCACAACAUCGAGAAACACUUGAUCGAAAGCACAAAGAAUGGAGAGAUGAGCUGGACCAUCUUGCGGCCCGUCGCUUUUAUGGAGAACUUUACCAACAACUUUUUCGGCCGCGUCUUCGCCACGACUUGGCGGAUAGCUGUAAAGGAGAAACCUCUUCAGUUGAUAGCCGUUCCGGAUAUCGGCAUUAUGGCUGCGAAAGCCUUCUUGAGCCCCGAGGAAUAUAAGAACCGUGCCAUUUCUCUUGCUGGGGAUGAGCUUACUAUCGAAAAGGCAAGCCAGAUUUUCAAAAAGCACACGGGUCGGGAUCUGCCCUGGGCCAACAGGUUGAUCUGCAACCUGAUCAUGUGGUCUAUGAAGGACUUUGGAUACAUGUUUAGGUGGUUCUACAAUGUCGGAUACGGUGCCGACAUUGAAGAGGUGAAGAAGAUUCACCCAGAUGUCAAGGAUUUCGAGACAUGGCUGGUGACGGACAGCGAGUUUGCCAACGAAAUCAAAGCUAGACAGGCUCACUAA